GGAAGAUACAUCUUCCACUUCCGUACUUCUACAUAAACAACCGUCUGGUUUUCUCCUCCUCUUUAUUCUUCUUCUCUGUAUCAAAGGUGUGUCUGCUCUUAGAGAGAGACCCAAAGGAAAGCAUUCAUCUUUUACCAGUUUGAUCCAUCAAAGUUUGGAUUUUUGAUUCUUCACAAGUGAAGAAACAGAGUAGAGAUCUUUUCCAUCUCUCUCUGUCAAAGAACUUAUGAGUAUGUCUUCUGUAUGGGCUUCUUCUCCGAAUCCAGACCCAAUGAACAGUUAUGGGUUAGUAAAGGUUCUAGAGUCCUCUAGAUUGCUUUCUCCUUGUCUGAUUCAGACAGUCAACAACAAUGGUAGGAGGAGUUCAUCUUCUUCUUCUUGUGUAAUGAGUUCCAGAAGAAGAAGAUUAAGUAGUGUUGUUGUUGUGUCUUCAAGCUUAGUAGCAAGUCCUGCAGCAGGAGAUAUAACACUCUCAUCUGAAGAGAAGGUUUACAAUGUUGUGUUGAGACAAGCAGCUUUGGUUAACAAACAGCUUAGAGACCUUGAUGAUGAUGUGAAGAAACCAGAGGCAGAUGUUAUUGUUCCUCCCGGGACUGGGAGUUUGAGUUUGUUGGGUGAUGCUUAUGAUCGAUGUGGUGAAGUUUGCGCUGAAUAUGCUAAAACGUUUUAUCUCGGAACUUUGCUUAUGACACCCGAGAGGCGAAAGGCCAUUUGGGCUAUCUAUGUUUGGUGUAGAAGAACUGAUGAACUCGUAGAUGGACCAAAUGCAUCACAUAUAACACCAAUGGCCUUAGAUAGAUGGGAAGCAAGGUUAGAAGAUCUUUUCCGUGGCCGUCCUUUCGAUAUGCUUGACGCUGCUCUAGCUGAUACUGUUGCUACAUACCCCGUCGAUAUUCAGCCAUUUAGAGACAUGAUAGAAGGAAUGAGAAUGGAUUUGAGGAAAUCAAGAUACAAAAGCUUUGAUGAUCUCUACCUUUACUGCUACUAUGUAGCUGGAACCGUUGGUUUGAUGAGUGUUCCUGUUAUGGGAAUCGAUCCUAAGUCCAAAGCAACGACGGAGAGUGUUUACAACGCUGCCUUGGCUCUCGGUAUAGCUAAUCAGCUUACCAACAUACUCAGAGACGUUGGUGAAGAUGCGAGAAGAGGAAGGGUUUAUUUGCCACAAGAUGAACUAGCUCAAGCUGGUCUCUCAGAUGAAGACAUAUUCGCUGGAAAAGUCACUGAUAAAUGGAGAAACUUCAUGAAAAUGCAGCUUAAGCGAGCAAGAAUGUUCUUUGAUGAAGCUGAGAAAGGUGUUACCGAGCUUGACGCAGCUAGUAGAUGGCCAGUAUGGGCAUCGCUCUUAUUGUACAGGAGGAUAUUGGACGAGAUUGAAGCAAAUGAUUACAAUAACUUUACAAAGAGAGCUUAUGUGGGUAAAGCCAAGAAAAUUGCAGCUCUGCCUUUAGCUUAUGCUAAAUCAAUACUAAAGACUUCAAGAUGAGUGAGAGAAGUAAGAUGAACAAACCUGAGAGGCCCUUUGUGCAAAAAGAAGAAACUUAGGAUCAAGUUUAUGAUAACUAAUAUUUAUUUACAUAUAAUGGGGGGAAAUAAAUUCUUCUGAUGUUUAAUUAUUUUCCUCCAUGUAAAAAAAAAAGGUAAAUUUCUUUUAUUUUAUUUCUCUAAUGGAGAAGUAGGGAUAUUUUGGUUGGUUGGUUAUGUAGUUUUGUGAUAUAUAAAAAGAAGUUAUUGAAUUCGAAAAACAGUAACAGAGUUUAUAUGAUAUGUGGCUUAAACUUUAAAAGUAAAUUGAUUUUAUUACUGAAAUGUAAAAAACUCUGACAAAUAGAUUAAAACAGAAAAUAUGAAACGCUUAUUUGGUUUGGACUCAAGGCUAAUUCAAAAACCAGCCAUCUUCAUAAGCUUUUUCCAAGCCGGUCUAGCGGUAAUCUCUUCCCACCACCGGUUCAUAUUCACUCGAGCCUUAACCAUCCGGUUUACAUCGGUACGCAUCAAGUACCCCAUGGCCGGCAUGUGCGUCAAAUCAGCCAUAGUGAAUUCAUCACCAGCCAAAAACCGGUUCGAACCAAGCCGGUUCUCGUAUAUGUCCAAGACCACCUCGAGCUUCACCUUCAGCUCCUCGACCAAAACGACGUCACAUGCUUCGCCUAACCUGGGCUUAAUGAGUAGGUUAAGCACAAUGGGGAAGGCCAGAACGUUAAAGUAAUGGGCCUCCACGUCGGCCCACUGGUCCACGAUGGCUCGAUGCUCUAGUGACUUGCCCAAAAGGUUCGUGCCUUGGUCCAAGUAUUUGGUCGCGUAGUAUCUCGCAAUGGCUCUGGAUUCUUCAAACACACGAUAAAUGAUUAGAAAACAAUUCUCAACAAAAAAACGUUAUAAAAUUAGAAUCGUUACCAAAAAGCUU